CACCAAGCAGCGCUGCCACGCCGACUGCCUUGGUCGUGUGAGUGGGCCCACGCAGAUCAGCACGCAUCAAUCUAACGGCCAUUUCGGUACGAUAUGAUCACAAGAUCGUGGCUGGCAGGGUUGCUAUUCAUGUCGUUUGUCCAUGCAUGGCAAGCUUCAGCGUCUGUUCGUGGACCAGGUGCCCCUGAUCUUGGAUGGACCCCUAGAAGCGGACUCGUUCCCUGCUGUCUCAAUCACCCAGCAGGCAUGCUGCUGGACGCCGGCCAGCCGCUUGCGGUGGUCAAUCGCUGCCUAUUAUAGAAGAGUCGCACGCGGCUCGACAUUGACAACCAAUAAGCAACGCUAUACCUGCCAGGUUGAGCAGAGCAAGUUCGGACCCCAGCCACCAUGCCGCAUAGCUAUGCAUCGCCAACGGUCACAGCACCUCUGCGACUCGAUCGAUUCACAUCCAGGCACCGAUGCGGUGCCGCCAGAGCAAGUUUGAACCCGAUUCCAGCCAUUCGCUGCACCGCUGCUGCUGACGGUCCGCCCGCGUCUGACGUGAGAGGCAGCAUCAUCGGUGCGUGGAGAGACUUCAAGCGAACAGUCAACAGACAGUCGUUGAGGCUGUGUCAAUUUCUCACUAUCGGUCGGUCAUAGCUAGGGCGCCCAGCAGGUGUCUGUCUAACUUUGCCUCUACAGUCAACACUCGAAUGACAUUUUAGCAUCACAUCAUCAUUUACCUCCAUCUGGGCGCCACGUUUCUCGAACCAACUGCUGACGUUCUGCUGUCUUCGUUCAACACUCGUGACCUGUUCAUUCCUCACUCGUCCUGCCCACACCUCUACUGCUUGAUCUAUCGCUCCUCAGA